UCCAUUCGGCUUAUGGACAGCACGAAUGAAAUGCCAGCAGGGUUUACCCUUGAUCCAAAUUUUGCUGAUUAUCUUUACAAUGAUUUUCUGUCAGUCUUUCUUGUCGGAACCCCGUGGCUUUAUGCUAGAAAGGAACAAGCGCAAACAUGGUGCUUCAGAUGACUUUCCAGAUAUGAAGGGUGUUAAAAUAAUUAACAAAUUGGACCAUGUGAUGGCUUGCAACUCAGCCGAGAUAAAGUAUGCUCCGUUCACAGAAGACGUCUUCUAUCGUCGCCGAAAGAAGCGAAGAACAUCGCGGGAGACUGCAUCUACCAAUCAUAACAAAGCUAGAGUAGAGAGAUUCCACAGGUUUUUAUCAAACUGCGAGGGAACAGCUCCAUGGUAAAACUAACUACGGGGUUGCACGGAGGCCUACUUUGGAA